AUGGGAUAUCUUGAAGGGCAUAUGACAGUUCUUGAGAAUGCAAAUGCAGGAGAUUUUGACAAUGUAGUUAAGUGUACUAUUUUAAAAACUAUGAUAGAAACUGUUGAAAAUCAACAAUUGGCUAUUCAAAGAUUGACUCAAGAAAGAUAUCAGCUCUAUGAUACUCCUGAUACCUAUGAAGCCAGAAUUCGACCACUAUUAUUAAAAGUAGCAGACAAUGAUGCACAAGUUUUGGGAUUUCUUAAAAUUACUCCAGCUUCUCAACAGCAAGGGCAUAUAAUUUCUUUAGAAGAUAUGCAAAAAGCAAUCCAGAAUGCACUAGUGCAACAAAAAACUAAAAACCAGACAUUAGUAAAAAAAGUUACAGAAUUAGAAUCUCAAAUGGCUAAGCAAACUGCUCCUCAAACUGUUAAACCAGUUAGACAGCCAAGAGGUCCACCAUCUUCAUUACAAACGAAAAAAGCCUUUUCAAAACCUUAUCUGGAACAAAUAUAUUCAUCAAACCAGAGUGCUAAAAUAGAUAGAAUAGAAUCGAAAGUAGAUGAAAUCAGUCAAAUGAUAUCUCAAUUUGGAAGAAUAAUGCUUGAAAAUCAAUUCAAAAAAUCUAAAGCUGAUAAGCCUUCUGACUUUGCUAUAAAGGGCAAUUCCAAACAUAUAUCUGAAUCAUUAGGAUGGUAUACAGAUAUGCCAAUUAGUAUAAAGAACAAAGAUAGUAAGAUUGUUACAUCUAAUGAAAAUUUUGCUCGUAUUAAUAAUAGUGAAUCUGAGCCAAUGCUAUGCAUAGGUAUAACAUAA